GGUAGAUAUAUUGAUUGGGCAGAAGUACUUCUUAUCAAGAGGAUAGUAGAGCGGUAAAGUCAACGCCAUCCUUUCUUUCAUCCCACCGGCACCGUGGAAGCUUUUGUUCUCAUAAUCUGAGAGAUUCUCCACACGGUGUCAGAAUAUACUAAACUCAGCCACUUCGCUCGACGACGAUGCCUCUUGGAAUUCUCGAGCCGGUCAGCGCCGACAAAGUUGUCGGCACUGUCUUCUUAAAUGAUGCAUCAGAAGUUUCGGCGAUCCAUGAGCACUGGUCAAGACUCAAACACGGAACGGGCAAAUAUGAGCACAUAAUUCUCGCGCCUCAGCCUUCGAGUGAUCCAAAUGACCCCUUAAAUUGGCCUCGGAGCGAAAGGAUUCUCAUUGCAGGGAGCCUUCUUCUUGGGACUAUCCUUCACGGGUCAUGCUCUGGCCCUUUGCUCGCGGCAGGAACUUAUCAAAUUUCUCUAGAUUUGAAGGCUCCCGUAGAGGAUGUUGCACUCCUGGCGGGCUACAAUCUCCUUUCAACAGGAGCCGCCGCUCCACUUGUUUCGGUGUUGUCGAGAAAGUAUGGCAAGCGGCCGCAGUACCUUGCGGCAUCAAGCUUAGCAAUCGUGGCUGUGGUGGUGGCGGAGACAGCGAGAACAUACCCCCAGUUGCUCGCCUCCCGUAUUGUCCAUGGAUUUUCAACUGCAGCCUAUGAGUCUAUCGUAAUGGCGUCCAUCGGUGACCUAUUCUUCGUUCAUGAGCGUGGUCAAAUAAUUUCGGUGGCCCAAUUUCUACUUGCCGCCGUUUCAAAUGGCUGCAGCAUCAUUGCCGGAGUCAUCACGGCACGGCUUGGCUGGCCCUACAACUACCACAUCUUGCUGCCAUUCAUAAUUGUGCAGUUACUUCUGGUUGUGCUUUUCUGUCCAGAGACGUCGUAUGAAAGACAAAUUCCAUCUGAUUUCAAUGUGGAUAGCCGCACCGGAGAGGCAGGUCAAUCAACGAAGUAUCACAAAUCCCAUGCCAAAGAGGUUAACUUUGCAAAUCUUAAGGAGCUUCAUAUGCCAAGAAUGGUUGUGGUAGCACCUGUCAAUCGGGAUUCAUUCUUCAAACGCAUGAGGCCAUUCAGCUUCAAAGCGAAAGGUUUUAGGGUACUUCGAGACUUUCUAGCGCUGUGCGUCAUCCUGCUCAACCUAGGAGCACUUUUCAACAUUGUGGUAUCAGGUUUGAUCAUUGCCUGGUACGUAGGCAUCACCGUUCUUGUUUCAGUCCUCCUUGCGGCUCCACCGUACGCCUACACGUCGGCGGAAAUAGGCUAUGCGUCGACGGGUCCAUUCAUCGGCGGUGUUAUGGGCUUCUUGUUCAUGGCCAUGGUCGCCGAGCCUCUGAACAACUAUCUGAUCAAAAGAAAUCGAGGCGUAUAUGAACCCGAGUUUCGUCUUCCUCUCAUGUCAGUCGGCACCGCUUUCGCGGUCGGCGGCCUGAUUGGCGUUGGGCGAAGCCUGCAAACCUGCCAGUCAAUCUAUGUCCUCGUCACUCUUUGGGGAGUAACUCUCUUUGGUAUAACCAUCAUUACGAUCGCUUGCGGCCAGUAUGCUCUGGAUGCCUGGCGUCCCCAUAGCACCGAGAUAUUCAUCAUGAACGCUGCUUUCAAAAAUUUCUUUUUCUACGGAUUGAUCAGAAUUAUUUUCAGGUGGCUAGAUCAUCAAGGGCCUGAAAGAAUGCUAGAAACAAUGGCCGGCUUGACUGCUGCAUUGUGUGCGACCGCUAUUCCUCUCUAUGUAUUUGGCAAAAGAUACAGGGCUUGGUGGGGUUGCAGCAACCUGGCCAAGAUAUAG